AUGGCAGACGGACCGAUUCGAACGGAAGAAGCGCGUGAUUUAACGCGUGUGGAGCGGGUGGGGGCGCACUCCCACAUUCGUGGUCUUGGAUUGGAUGACACCCUCGAGGCUCGCCGCCUGAGCCAGGGUAUGGUAGGGCAAAUAGAGGCAAGGCGGGCAGCCGGCGUGGUAGUGCAGAUGAUCAAGGAAGGCAAGAUAGCGGGGCGCUGCGUGCUGUUCGCAGGCGGCCCCGGUACCGGCAAGACCGCCAUCGCGAUGGCCAUGGCGCAGUCUCUCGGUCCGGAAACCCCUUUCACGAUGAUAGCCGGGAGUGAAAUAUUCUCGCUGGAGAUGUCCAAGACGGAGGCCCUCACGCAGGCUUUCCGCCGUAGCAUCGGUGUCCGCAUCAAGGAGGAGACAGAAAUGAUUGAGGGUGAGGUGGUCGAGAUCACCAUUGAUCGCCCGUCAACGAAUCCUGCCGAGGCGGGAAGUCGAAGUGGGCAACUCGUCUUGAAGACCUCCGACAUGGAGUCAAUGUUUGACCUUGGUCAGAAAAUGAUUGAAAGCCUGCAGAAGGAAAAGGUGCAGGUUGGGGAUAUAAUCACCAUUGACAAGGCUACUGGUCGCAUUAACAAGCUGGGACGCAGUUUUGUGCACAGUAAGGACUUUGAUGCGAUGUCGUCAAAUACGCGUUUUGUGCAGACGCCCGAAGGCGAGCUCUCGAAGCGAAAGGAGGUUGUCCACACUGUCACGCUGCAUGAGGUAGAUGUGAUUAACUCCCGCCAGCAGGGCUUUUUGGCUCUCUUCGCAGGGGACACGGGUGAAAUCAAGACCGAGGUGCGAGAGCAGAUCGAUCAACGCGUGGCGGAGUGGCGCGAGGAGGGCAAGGGCGAAAUUGUUCCUGGUGUUCUUUUUAUUGAUGAGGUCCAUAUGCUGGAUAUCGAGUGCUUUUCGUGGCUCAACCGAGCCUUGGAGAGCCCCUUGGCACCAGUAGUGAUAGUUGCCUCUAAUCGUGGGAUCUCACGUAUUCGUGGGACGCAUUACCGAUCCCCUCACGGGAUCCCAAUUGACCUCUUAGAUCGCAUGGUCAUCAUCACAACAAAACCAUAUUCACAAGAAGAACUCAGGAAGAUCAUUCAAAUUCGCUGUGAGGAGGAAGAUGUGGAAAUGGAGUCUGAUGCUUUAAUGCUUCUAACAAUGAUUGGCAAGAGCACAUCGUUGCGCUACGUUCUACAGCUAAUCACAACGGCCAAUUUGGUGGCUCAAAAGCGCAAGUCCCCAACCGUUUUGGUCGAGGACAUUCAGAAGGUGUAUCAACUUUUCAUUGAUUUGCAGCGUAGUGUGGAGCUAUUGCAAGAGCAAGAAAAAGAUUUCUUAUUUGGUGAGGAUGACGUGAAUGUAGAGAACUUCGCCCCUCUAAAGUGUAACAACAAUAGUGGUGAUACCAAUGAAGAGGAAAUAGUGAGUUAA